UGCGUUCAGGUUCAUAACCGUUCACACUCUAACCGCUGGUUCGCUCGCUAACAACAUGCAGCCGCCUCGGUAACGCCUCCCUGUCGCCUCUCUCCGGCUCCAAAGUACAAAUAACAUCAGGUUGGCCGGUUUGUGUGAGAGUUCACCGGGCUACAGGUGAUUCCUCCACCGUCUCCAAACGUUGAGUUCCCGUUUCAGGUGAAAACAAAAUGAGACGAGCAGCAGGAGAAGAAGCACCGCCCGGGGCUCCGGGUCCCUCACCGGAGGAAGAGCAACGAAAGAAGGCGACGGUGAUCCACGUCGUUUAUUUAAUCGCUGCUUUGGACAUCACGUGGAUGUUUUUACAGUUUUCUGUCACCCCGUAUUUGGCAAAGAAACUCGGCUUCGACACCUUGUGGUUUGGUUAUUUGCAAACCACGGUAGGUGUCAUCCAGCUGAUUGGGGGUCCAAUGUUUGGAAGGUUUGCAGAUCUUUUCGGAGCACGACUCGCCUUGUCUCUGUCUUGUUCUGCAACAAUAGUUUUCUUUCUGCUGCUGGCCAUCGCAAAUCAUCCUGCCAUGCUGUUCAUACACAAACUCCCCACAAUCUUCAUGCAUGUCCUGCCUGCGUGUCAGAUGGUCGUCGCCGACCUGUCAGAACCUGAAAACUGUGCGGAUGCUUUAUCCAAACUUGGUUUGUGUUUUGGCAUCGGUAUGAUAACUGGCUCCACGUUAGGCGGCCAUCUGAUCACACGCUAUGGGGAGACAUUUACUGCAUGUGUUGGUGCUGCGGGGAGCGCCUUCAGUUUACUGUUGGUUUUAAAGUUUAUCCCAAAAACUACCAAAACUCAAGCUGCAGCAGCCGACACACACAGCGAGAACACAAACAAGUCUGUAUUCAGUGUGGGAGAGAUCACAAGACUGAUGAAGUUUCCAGGUGUGGUGCGGACCUUUGCCGUAAAAAUAGUUGCAGGUUUGCCGUCAGGUAUUUUCCAAGUGAUGUUCUCCAUCAUUGCGCUGGACUUCUUUAAGCUGCAACCCGAGCAGAACGGCUAUCUGAUGGCGUAUUUUGGCAUAGUCAACAUGUUCAUUCAGGGAGGAGUGAUGGGCCCGCUGACGGCGAGGUUCACUGAGAACUAUUUGCUGGUUCUGUCCGUCGGAGUUGCUUCUUUGGUGGGACUGGCUCAGGCUUACAUGCAGAACGUGUUCCAGCUCUGCCUCACCAUCGUCCCCAUGAUGUUUUCUCUCAGCGUGUUUAACGUCAUCACAGACACCAUGCUCACCAAGAGCGUCCCGUCCACCGACACAGGCACGAUGAUGGGGCUGUGUGCAUCCGUCCAGUCUCUGCUCCGCACAGUUGGACCGACUGUCGGCGGCUUCCUGUACGUGAACUACGGCCUUCCCUCUAUAGGCUUAACCCAGUUUGUUGUGAACACCGCCGUGUUCGCGUACCUGCUGCGACCUCACCUGAAGAAGACACCUGAGCGACGGGAAUGAAGUGUCUUUAAAAGUCUGUCCAUGAGCGAACAGAGGAGGUGGAAAUCAAUGUUUUCUGAUUCAAAGCACAAUCGUUCCUGCAGCUGCACGUGUCUGAAGUUCUCCGUCCAUCGCGGUCGUUUACAUGAUGAGAUGUGGUCGUUUCAUUCCAGUUCUUCGUUACUCUGCUUCACCUGUGGAGCUGGAGGUUCAGGAACAAACCACUAGAUGGAAGCAAAUCCUGUUUUACCUGCUGAUGUUUCCAGGAUUCAUCCAAUCUACAUCACUCCUACGUGAACAUAGUUAUAUGAGAACAAAUACUAAUUUGUAAUGGAAGUUUAUUUUUUAUAAAUUUGUCAUUUGUUUUUCAUUAAACCUUUAAAAA